UAUUAAGAACAAGGACUAAUGCCAUAAAUCUUGCUAAUCUCUCCCUUAUUUGACGAUAACACUGAAAACAUGGCAAACAGAAUAGAUUACAAAACGCCAUUGAUGGUCUUUACUGCUUUGCUUCUACUUCUUGUUUUUUAUUUUUCUCCUUCUAACAAACAACAUUUCAUCAUCAACACUGGGUUCUUCUCUUCUAAUAACAGCACUUCUCCUUACAUUCAAAGACCACAAAAUUUCUCCGCUGAUGAUUCAUUAGCUUCGAAAAGUGCUACUAAUGAAACUAAUAAUGGAAGUCUUGCAAUAACUUCCGGAUCCACAGCAUCAUCUGAGCAUACUCACGAUAGAAAAACGCGUACUAGUGCGGAAAGGAUUGAAGAUGAUCUUGCGAGCGCUAGGAGUGCGAUUCAGAAGGCAGUUCGGACGGGUAACUACACGUCUAAUAGAGUGCAAGAUUUCAUUCCUAGAGGACCAAUAUACAGAAAUCCAAACGCCUUUCAUCAGAGUUACAUUGAGAUGGAGAAAACAUUCAAAAUUUGGACAUAUAAAGAAGGCGAACUACCUUUGGUACAUAAUGGACCACACAGCUACCUGUAUUCAAUUGAAGGCCAUUUCAUUGACGAAAUGGAGGAGGAUACAAACCCAUUUGCAGCAUCAAACAUGGAAGAAGCUCAUACAUUCUUCCUUCCCUUUAGUGUAACCAAUAUGGUUAGCGCUCUAUAUGUACCUGGUUCUCGUGCUGGUCUAGCUCCCUAUAUUCAUGUCGUUGCAGAUUAUGUUCGUGUUAUAUCAGAGAAAUACCAAUACUGGAAUAGGAGUAGCGGGGGAGAUCAUUUUAUGGUUUCUUGUCAUGAUUGGGCAGCCAAAGUUACAAAUCAAGCACCCGAUGAACUAUUCAAGAACGUUAUUAGGGCCGUUUGCAAUGCGAAUUCAUCAGAAAGUUUUAAUCCUAAAUUGGAUGUAUCCCUGCCAGAACUCAGCCUGGUAACAAGAACACUUCUUAUUUCCACGCAGUCUCGUAAAACUAGUCCAAAUCGUCCAAUACUUGCGUUCUUUGCUGGUGGUGCUCAUGGAAACAUAAGAAAGAUGCUAAUUGAGCAAUGGAAAGACAAAGAUAGUGAGUUACAAGUUAAUGAAUAUCUCCCUAAGGGGACAGAUUACGGUGCAUUGAUGGUUAGAAGCAGAUUUUGCUUGUGCCCAAGCGGGUAUGAAGUUGCAAGUCCUAGGAUCGUCGAGGCAAUCCACGCAAGUUGUGUUCCAGUGAUUAUUUCUGAUCACUAUGAUCUUCCAUUCAGUGAUAUACUUGAUUGGAGUCAAUUUUCAAUACAGGUUCCAAUCGACAAGAUACCGGAACUGAAAACUAUAUUACUAGCGGUACCCGAUAAGAGGUACCGCCAACUUCAGAAGAGAGUUAAACAAGUUCAAAGACAUUUUACUUUAAAUCGUCCUGCAAAAAGGUUUGAUGUUACUCAUAUGAUACUUCACUCAGUUUGGCUAAGGCGACUAAAUUUUCAUCUACGCGCUUGAACGACUGCUUGAGUAUCUAGCUUACUUUUCUUAUUCAGUCUUAUCUGUAAUUUAGUUUAAACUAUGUAAUUUUCGGUUUCAGAUUUAUGGAGUUGAAUUUGGGCACAAGUGCCA